AUGUUCAACAUCGACUACGAUCAAGUUCUUUCCGCCAUAAAGGCGUUGAGGAAGUUCCUAGAGAAACGCAGAGAAGAAAGGCAACAGAAGACCCCUAACCUUUUCGACGAUUACACAAACGAGCGCGUCGACAUUAUGAUCACCAUCAAAGUCGUGCCUCAUAGGUUCGUUGGGAAGACAUUCCGAAUUUAUUUACCUCACCCUUAUCGCAACCCUGACAAUACAGCUGUUUGUCUAAUCACAAGAGACAUCGAUAAAGUGAUAGACGCUGAUUACGACAAGUCCAGUCGGUAUGUGAAGAAUUUUUUGGACGAACAGGGAGUCAACAACAUAGAUCUGGUAAUCUCUUUCAAUCACUUCAAACGUGAGUACUGUACCAAACAGCUGCGUCGUCGGCUAGCUUCUAAUUACGACGUGUUUUUAUUGGACGAUUACCUGCGGUUAACACUGGUCAACGCAGAGUUUGGCACACAGUUCAAAAGGAUGCACAAGAAGCCAAUUCCUAUAAGAAUCGCCACCAAACGUGUCAAAGACCAAAUUAGGAAGGCCGUCGGUGCUAUAAUUGUUUAUAUCCCUGACUUCUCAGAGAUGUGUCGUUAUCAGAUAGCCACUCUGAAGAACACGGACGACGAAAUCCUUGAAAACUUUAAAACCGUUGUCGAUCGAUGGGGUAAGGUGUUCCCAGGUGGAUUUGAAAACAUCCGUUUCGUGUACGUGAUGGGCAAGAAUACGCCUGCGCUUCCGGUUUUUGCUUCAUUCGGAUCGCCUAACCUGGUCGAAAUACCUAAACGUCAGAAAAGCGCUACCGAGCCGUUCGUUGUUGAUGAACUGACGACGAUUAAUAAGGACGUCAAAGUUUACAGUGAUGGCAGAGUGACAGUUCUGAAUCCACAAAUCCUCGGCAAAUCUCAGAUGUAG